AUGGAUAAUAAUUCAUUAAGUUCGACUUUACGCAUAAAAGAUAAAUUGCAUAGGACCAGAAAUCCGUUAGUUAGAAAGUGUAAUAGAUGUAAGAGAACAAAAUUGCAUAAGUAUGAGAAAGCACAACAAUGUAACUUUUGUGAUAAUAUUACAUUUAGUGGGAAUGAAGUUAUAGAUAAUUGGCUCGUUAAAACAAAUAAUCAAAAAGUUUUUGUAGAAUUUAUUCCGUAUAAACAAUUUAGUGAUAUUACUUAUAUUGCUAAGGGUGGAUUUAGUGAAAUAUAUAAAGCAUCAUGUCUUAAUCUAAAAAGAAAGUGGAAUGCCUGUAAGAGAAAUUUUACAAUUAAUGAUAAAAGUAUAGUUGUUCUUAAACACCUUAACGAUUCUGAAAAUAUAAAUCAUGAUUUUUUAAAUGAGGUUUGCAUUGUUAAAAUAUUAUAA